AUGUCAUCAAUCCGUUGUACCCUCCUUUUGUUAUGUUUGUCACUCAACCUUUCCACCAUCUCGGCCACUACUUCACAUCUUUCACUCCGAGACCUUCGACCUCGAAUGAUGGGGGGAGGUGGCCCCCCAGGUGGCGGCAAAAAAGGCGGCGAUGAUGCUCCAAAGAAGCCAGGUGGUGGUGGACCUCCAGGUGCUGGUGGUGGUGGUGCUGCUGCUGCUGCGCCUGCGGCUGGUGGUGGCGGUGGUGGGGGAGGAGAAUGUGGGAAAUAUGCGAUUGUCAGUGCCAGAGGAACCGGCGAAAAGCAAAAGAAUCCUACGGGAUAUGCUGGCUUUAUAAAGGGUUUAAUGAAGCAGGUGGCAGGUGGAUCAAAUUAUGAAGUCGUUUAUCCAGCUACUACGGAUUACAAUAAUGGACCUAAGCAAGGUGCAAAUGACGCGAUGAAAUACAUCACCAAUCGGAAGGGCAAAUGCGGGUCGUCGAAGUUGGUCUUGAUCGGAUAUUCGGAGGGCGCGAUGGUGAUCACCCAAUUAUUGAACAAGCAAGGCUUUCCAGCAGAUCUGGUCUCUUCAAUCGUCCUGUAUGGAAAUCCUUAUUGGAUAGCGGGGAAACAAUGGAACGCCGGAACGGCGAAAAGUGGAAAAAGUAUUGCCGCAAUGACUGGAAUCAAGCUUCCUCCUAACUUUGGUCCUAAGACACAGGAUGUCUGCUUGACUGGUGAUAUGAUCUGUUGUGGAGGUUCAAUGGGACCUCAUCUCAAAUAUCCUGGAAGCCAAUAUGAGAAAGAAGCAAUCUCAUUCUCCGCAAAACUCCUCAAUGGAGGUGGCCCUGCCGCGGGUGGUGCAUCAGGCGGUGGUGCAUCAGGCGGGGCAGGGGGCUCACCGGGCGGAGGAGCAGGGGGUCCACCAGGCGGGGCACCGAAGAAGGGCAUGGGCGGCGAUGGAGCAGGAGCAGGGGGUCCACCAGGCGGAGCACCAAAGAAGGCCGGGGGCGGCGAAGGCAUGACGAAAAUGGGAGGCAAAAUGUGA